CACAUUAUGUCAAGAAAUUUAUAUAAUGAAGAACUUUUAUAAAACAUUGAAAACGAAGAGGAAAAUCCACAUUAUGUAAUCUCUAUGAAGGUAGAACGAACUCUUGCAGACUCUUGAUGACUUCCAAUUUGCAUGAAGUGCGACAAAUAUAUGAACUUAUUCCCCUAACAGUAAUCCAUGCCAGACAUUCAAACAGCAGACAAAAUGAAGGAACACGGUAUUGUCUGCACUGAACACAGUCAGUCACACGGGGUCGCAAUUGCCUAAACAAUCCUAUUGGAAACCUCUAAAUACAGCUCUCUACCUUUAAAAAGGCAUUUGAAGAAAAAAGACAGGAGACAGCUGGAUACGAUUACAUGAUCCAGAGAGAUUUCUACCAGUGAUGCUACUCCCUGGUGGUCCCCAGAUCACCUGAAUCAGCUGCAUUUGAAACAAACAUUUUGGAAGCAUCCUAAUCUCCAUGGUUAUUAUGCGGAUUGAAUUCUGGGUGAGGAGGAGGCUGCUGCAGCUGGUUCUUCUUCACACAGCCUGGGAAAUGGGGAGCGGUCAGCUCCAUUAUUCUGUGCCGGAGGAAUCCCAGCAUGGCACCUUUGUGGGCCGUAUCGCCCAGGACCUGGGGCUGGAGGUGAGUGAGCUGGUGCCUCGUCUGUUCCAGGUGGAAUCUCAAGGCCAUGAGGACUAUUUCAAGGUAAAUUUGCAGAAUGGCAUUUUGUUUGUGAAUUCCCGGAUAGACAGGGAGGAGCUGUGUGCCAAGAGCCCUUUGUGCUCCAUCCACCUGGAGGUGAUUGUGGAUAAACCCCUGAAAGUCUUCCAUGUGGAAGUGGAGAUUGCAGACAUAAAUGACAAUGCCCCCAUUUUCUCUGUCACAGAGCAAACAUUGAUUAUUGCAGAAUCAAGAUUGCCACAUUCUCCUUUCCCACUGGAGAGUGCUUCUGACGCAGAUAUUGGCAGCAAUGCUCUGUUAACUUACAAGAUCAGUCCAAAUGAUUAUUUCAAGCUGAAUGUAGUAACGAAUGAAGACCACACUAAAUCUGCUGGGCUAGAAUUAAAGAAACCAUUAGACAGAGAAGACAUAUCUGUCCACCAUUUAUUACUGACAGCCACAGAUGGUGGUAAGCCAGAGCUAACAGGAACAGUCCAGCUUGUGAUAAAUGUAUUGGAUGUAAAUGAUAAUGCUCCAUUAUUCAGCCAAUCUGUUUACAAAGUCAGAGUACCAGAGAAUCCCGUUAAUGGAACACACAUAAUAACACUCAAUGCCACAGACUUGGAUGAAGGUAUUUCUAAGGAUGUUACUUAUUCCUUUAGCAGCCUAGUACCUCCCAAAGUUAAAAAUACCUUCCAAAUAAGUGACAGCACUGGUGACAUCAAGGUUAUAGGACCAUUAGAUUAUGAAGACAUUAAUUUGUGGGAAAUUCAGGUUGUAGCAAAAGAUAAAGGCAACCCUCCUUUGGCUGGACACUGUAAAGUAGUAAUAGAGAUUCUAGACAUGAAUGACAACAUCCCUCAGCUUUCACUGAAAUCUCUCUCAGUGCCUGUGCCUGAGGACUCCCCACAAGGUACUAUGGUGGCCUUGAUUAGUAUCUCAGACAGAGACUCUGGACCCAAUGGGCAAGUGAGCUGCUCCUUGUGGCCUUCUGGGAUUCCCUUCAAGUUGGUAUCCACCUUCAAGAAUUACUACUCACUGAUGUUGGAAGAAACACUGGAUCGGGAGCAGGUGGCUGAGUAUGUGCUAGUGGUGAUGGCUCACGAUGAAGGGAUUCCAUCACUGUCGGCUAGCAGCACCUUGUUGGUGCCCAUUGGUGAUGUGAAUGACAAUGCACCUGCUUUUCCUCAGCCUUCCUACACGGUCUUUGUGAAGGAGAACAACCCGCCAGGUGCUCACAUCUUCACAGUGUCUGCUUCAGACCCAGAUGUGGCUGAGAACAGCCUGAUCAGCUACUGGAUUGAUGACAAGCUCUGGCCCCUGACAAGCUACAUCUCAGUUCACUCAGAGAGUGGGAAGGUCUAUGCUUUGCAGCCCUUGGACUAUGAGGAGCUGAAGCUGCUGGAGUUCCAAGUGAGGGCCAAGGAUGCUGGGCUGCCUUCCCUGUGUGGCAAUGUGACUAUUCAGGUUUUUGUGGUUGACGAGAAUGACAAUGCACCUGAAGUAUCAAGAGUAGCAGAGUCACCCAUCAUGUUGGUCGUCCCCAUAAAAGCUGGACAUGCAGUGGGCAAGAUCCAUGCCCUGGAUGCUGACUCAGGUUACAAUGCAUGGUUGUGCUAUGAGCUGCAUGAAGCCAAUAAUGGCCCCUGGCGGGUGGGGCUUUACAGUGGUGAGAUUAGCACCACACACGCCCUGGAUGAAGCAGUAGGCAGUGGUGGAAGCCAGAAUAUUUUAGUGUUGGUGAAGGACCAUGGCAAGCCAGUGCUGUCAGCUACAGCCACCCUGAGUGUGUCACUUGUGGCAAGCACCCAGGCAGUUCAGGCUGAUGCCCACCUUGUCAGGAUGGGAGGGAGCUCAAAGCCCCAGGUGGACAAUGUCAACGUCUACCUGAUCAUUGCCAUCUGCUCAGUGUCCAGCCUGUUCCUGCUGGUGAUCAUAGUAUACAUCUCCCUGCGAUGCCGUUGCCAGGCCAAGGAGGCCAUGGUGUAUGGUCCUGGCACAGCCACACUGGUAUGUGCCAGUGAAGUGGGCAGCUGGUCAUAUUCAAAUCGUCACAGCCACAUCCUGGCUGGUGUGAGUGGGGAGGCAGGUGCCAAAAGUGACCUCAUGGUAUUCACUCCAAAUGUUCCUGUAUUUGCAAUGAAUGGGGAUGUAGGAAAUGGAAAGGAGCUUAUUUCAAAUUCAUCAGAUGAGGUGAGUUAUAUGGAAUCUUUAAAAUCUUUGCAGUUACUCUCUCUUUGUUAUACUUUGGUGUGAAAACACUGAAGCAAUAUGGGCUAUUACAGAAAGCAGCAGCUAGCAAACAUUUUGGGGGCUUUACAUUUUUUGUUUUGUUUUUUUUAAAAAAAUUCUGCCCAAAGUUUCUAACAAAGUUAAAAAGGCUUCUAACAAAGUUAAA